GGCAGCGCCCUCGCGCCCUGGCCCUCCACGGACCUCGGGGACACCCUCUCCCCGCGCCCCCCACACCCCCUCCAAGGGAACCACAGCGGAGUCCGGCCACCCCAUCCUGCAGCCGGAGGAGGAGGAGGAGGAGUGGAGAGCACCGAGCCCGGAGCGGAGCUGGAGAUCCCCGGGCUGCCCCGGAGGUGUUGCGCCUGCCCACCGCGGCGUGGGUGGGUGGGUGGCUCGGGCGUCCAUCGGGUGGUCACUACCUGCGGGGGUGACGGUCUGCUACGGCCUCGCUGUUUCCUGUCUCCUCUUGAUGACUCCUGAACUCGGGGCCCUUGCGUUCUUGAGAACACAUCAUCAAAUUUCUUCCCUCAAGACCCCAGGGACCUCCUUCCGCCGAGUGUCACCCCCACACGACCCGGACGCAUUGACGGACACGAUUUUUGUCAAGGAUACUUCCUUCAGCAAGACAUGGUGGUGACUGUGGCUCUGGGUCUUCAUGAUUGAAGAGCUCUUGUGCGACACAGAGCUCUCCGACAGAGUGAAUGACGUGUGCGGCGUGGGCUGUCGUUCCUGAAGGGAGGGCCCUAUCUCUCGGAGAGGACCCUCAAUGAGCCUGGCCGAGGCCCGGGAUCUGCGUGAAGAGGACUAAGGAUUAAGUAGGAUGUCAGCUGAGACAGAACUUCCAGCAGCUGUGAGAACCAGCGCCAAGAAAGACUCCAAAAAGAAAGGUCAGGACCGCAGCGAAACCACUCUGAUAAAGAGGUUUAAAGGCGAAGGCGUCCGCUACAAAGCCAAGCUGAUUGGAAUCGACGAAGUUUUGGCCGCUCGGGGAGACAAGUUAUGCCAGGAUUCCAUGAUGAAACUCAAGGGUGUCGUUGCCGCCGCUCGUUCCAAAGGAGAACACAAACAGAAAAUCUUUCUAACCAUCUCCUUCGGAGGCAUCAAGAUCUUCGAUGAGAAGACCGGGGCACUACAGCAUCACCAUGCCGUCCACGAAAUUUCCUACAUCGCCAAGGACAUCACAGAUCACCGGGCCUUUGGAUACGUUUGUGGGAAGGAAGGAGACCACAGAUUCGUGGCCAUAAAGACAGCCCAGGCGGCUGAGCCUGUUAUUCUGGAUCUGAGAGAUCUCUUUCAACUCAUUUAUGAAUUGAAGCAACGAGAAGAAUUAGAGAAGAAGGCUCAGAAAGACAAACAGUGUGAACAGGCUGUGUACCAGACAAUUUUGGAAGAGGACGUUGAAGACCCCGUGUACCAGUACAUUGUGUUUGAGGCUGGACACGAGCCAAUCCGUGACCCCGAAACAGAAGAAAACAUUUACCAGGUUCCCACCAGCCAAAAGAAGGAAGGUGUUUAUGAUGUGCCAAAAAGUCAACGUCAACCUGUAAGUGCUGUGACCCAACUAGAACUUUUUGGGGACAUGUCUACUCCUCCUGAUAUAACCUCUCCCCCCACUCCUGCGACACCAGGUGAUGCCUUCCUCCCAUCGUCAUCGCAGACGCUUCCGGCGAGCGCAGACAUGUUCAGCUCGGUACCUUUUAGCACAGCUGGUCUGCCCUCAGGUUACGUCGCUAUGGGCGCCGUCCUCCCGUCCUUCUGGGGCCAGCAGCCCCUCGUCCCGCAGCAGAUCGCCGUGGGUGCCCAGGCGCCCGUUGCUCAGGUGAUGCCAGGGGCUCAGCCCAUCGCGUGGGGCCAGCCAGGUCUCUUUCCUGCCGCCCAGCAACCCUGGCCAGCCGUGGCCGGGCAGUUCCCUCCAACCGCCUUCGUGCCCGCCCAGACUGUUAUGCCUUUGCCAGCUGCCGUGUUCCAAGGUCCCCUCGCCCCUCUCGCAAGCCUCCCGGGCACAAGUGACUCGGCCAGGUCAAGUCCACAGAGUGACAGAGCCAGGCAGAAAGUGGGGAAGGAAAUGUUUAAGGAUUUCCAGAUGGUGGCCCAGCCGCCCCCCGUGCCCUCCCGCAAGACCGAGCAGCCCUCCCUCACCUGUACCUCAGAGGCCUUCUCCAGCUACUUCAGCAAAGUUGGGGUGGCGCAGGAGACGGAUGACUGUGGUGACGACUUCGACAUCUCCCAGUUGAACUUGACCCCCGUGACGUCCACCACGCCGUCCACCAACUCGCCUCCAACUCCAGCCCCUCGGCAAAGCUCCCCAUCCAAAUCCUCAGCAUCCCAUGCCAGCGAUCCAACUGCUGACGACAUCUUUGAAGAAGGCUUUGAAAGUCCCAGUAAAAGCGGAGAGCAAGAGGCCCCUGAUGGAUCACAGGCCUCCUCCACCAGUGAUCCAUUUGGGGAGCCCACUGGUGAGCCCACUGGUGAUAACAUAAGCCCACAGGCCGGUAGCUAGAUAGCACAGGUCUGGGAGCCAGAGCCUCUCUACGCGCAGAUCAGCAGACCUAAGACCUAGCGUCCUUGCGAGCUCCCGGUGGCCCGCUUCCCGAGUGCACAGGAAGUCCGCGUCACAACAGGCUCUCCUCUUGCACCUCACCUCACCUCAUCCCACAAAGAAAUUCACAGUUGCCCGGUGGAACUUGGUCCAAAGAGGGAACUGAGUGUUUUUUGGAACAACCAGUAGCAGCACAAAAGCAAACACACAGCAAAAACGCUACAAAAAGUAUGUGUCAAAAGAAAAGAAAGGAAAAGAAAAGGAAAGGAAAGGAAAGAAAAGAAAAGAAAAGAAAAGAAAAGAAAAGAAAAGAAAAGAAAAGAAAAGAAAAGAGAAAAGAAAAGAAAAGAACAAACCCAUCACCCAAUGUUAAAUCACCAAUCAAGCAGAUGCUGGCCUGAGCUCUCUGGGCUGGGUUUGAGAUGGCCUCAACCAGGAGCCCACAGUUUGGCUCUCUUUCUUUCUACCCGCUGGCCCUUCUACCCGUUGGCAUCUCCGAGUGGCAGAAUCAGAGAAUCACAGCGAAGUUGGCACCGACUCCUUUGAGACAGAAGCAAGGGAUCCUCCCGGACCGCGAUGGCCUCCGUUAACAUUUUGGCGUACAUGGCGUGUUGCUCGUUGCUUACGGGGCUUGAUUUGCUAUUCCGUCCACCCCUUCUCUUUCUUUGUCAUGUUUAAAAGUUGAUGGGUGUACAAUUUUUCGUAUUGCUUUUGACCUUUAUUUAAAGAUAUGGGUGAAGAAGAAACAUUAACUGGGGGAAAAAAAUUUAAAAAAAAAAAAGAAGCCUCUUAGGAGGUGAAUUAACUUGAAAUCGCAAAAGGAAUGAGUAGUUGCUUUCGUAUUGUGGUUAAGACCGUGGCCAAAACAACCCGUUAGCUACCCUGCUUUCCUGGUGAGGAAGAAGUCAGUUUUUGGUUAAAACCACCUUCAUUCUCGGACUAGGAAAAGGACAUCAGCUCCCACUGAUGAGGAAGAUGGAACGUGCGUCGGAUUUCCUGAGAUGCUCUAAACUCUGACUACAAUAAAAUAGGAUAUUUUAUUUUUCUGCUGCUAAGGUACUAUGCAGACAAGUGUCUUCUCCACGUGCCAUUUUCAAAGAAAAGUCAUUUGCCAAAUAAUUCUGGUACAAUUCUGGUAAUGUGAUUUUUGGAUCUUAAAAAACAACAACAAAAAAAAAACUUUCUAAUACAUCAAUGGUGACAUAAAUAUUCAACAUAACAAACUGAUUCUGUGGUCAAAAUGGUUCAUCUUUAUCUCUUUUUGUACAUCAAGAAAAUUCAAAUGGGGAUUUUUAUUUUAUAACUUGGAAAAAGAAACUUACCAUUAAACUCUUUAAAUGUUUAAGGAAAAUGGCUUUAAGGAGUUGUAAUGAAAAAAAAAAUUGUCAGUUUUUUUUGUAAAUAUAAAUGUUAAUGAAAAUGCUUUUUAAUAAUGCCAUUACACCGUAGAGAAGGUAGCAGACUGAGUGUGCAGUAUGACAAACUGGGUGAAUGGAGCUUAUUCUCCAGGGGGGUCUUUGGGGCGCAUGGUCAGAAGCCAGAGUUUGCAAAACAGUUGGCAGGGUCAGUGGACCAAUCAGCAACUAGUGGGCAGGAAGGGGCAGAGGCUCCUUAUCCGGCUGGUCCUAGAGAGUCCCUACUCUCAGCCCAAAAUAUGAAGAAAGAAUUCACAUUUUCUAAGGCCCUCCUUGCCCUCCGAUUCUGGAACUCUCCACCUCUCCACUCAUACCUGCUUCACCAUCAAUCAUUGGACUGGAGACAGAAGGAUCUAAGCUGUUUUUACUUACGGGACAAGAAAAAAAAAAAAACAUGCAGUGUUCAGUUUGUGUGUUUAGCAUAUGACUUUCAUAAAGAAUCUAUAUAUUUUUGCCCUCUAGAGAAUUGUUAUUCCAGUCGGAGAUGUCUUUUCCUGAUGGUCCUAUGCAGUUGGUUUUAGUAGCUGAACACUAAGAAAAGCACUGAAAAAAAAAAAAAAAUCCUGUGGUUAGAUUUGGAGGGU